CAGAUACUCAAAUCACUUUCUCUCUGGAUUGUGGUGUGAGUCAUUGUGAAAUCAUCACAAACAACAAAGCGAAACGCUUUCAGCCAGCCGGGAGGGACAAGACAGAUAAACCACCAAACAAACACUCAAAUGACUUGUGUUGUACAGUGCACCAAAUGAACAUCAUUCAUCGCCUUCUCUCUCAGUGAGUGGCACACAAUACACAGACAGAAGUACAAACACACCUACCUACCUGCACAACAAAUGGCUACGAUCGUCUAUCUCCCACUUGAGCACCGCACCACCCACGGCAGGGACAAGACAAAUAAACCAACCGUCAAGCAGACGCUCAAACGCGGUACAAAAACUCUAAAAGCACUUUCUCUCUAGUGACAUACAUGCACAAAUCUGCCCUACACACAAUCACAGACACACACACAAAAUUAAACAGACACAUAAACGUUCAGACAAAUACACAUAUACCAACACACUACUUGAGCAGGAUUGAUUUCCCUAGUAGCUACUUGAGCACCACCCACGGCGCAUCACGCCGAACGUCAAAGGAAUUGCUCCGCCUCAGCCGCGGGCUCGAUCCGCACCAGCUGCACAUCCAGUGGUGCACCGCAACGCUCUGGCUGGCCACAUAAAUCUGCGAAUCGUCUUCGGCCAGAGCCAGCAGGGCACACCCCUGCCAAGCCCACCACUCUGUGGCAAAAGGAUUUCUCGGCGUCGGCAGAACGGCCUUGAAAGAUGCUGGAUCGCGCUUGCAGUAGUGAGCCAACUGGUUGUUCGAUGCAGCAUAUUCGCCAUACACCACAUCGAAGUCGGUCACCAUGACAGACCCCAAUGGAGGCCGCUCACAUGGCUGGCUCUCGUCCUCCAUGUCCAGGGCUUUGUGGAUGAGAGCCGUCAGUUUCUGCGGGCCGGUACAGCCGAUAGGAUCGCCUUGGCAGUCCCCGUUGGUUGUCGCAUUGCCGAGAGUCUGGACUGUCUGGUUGAGGAACUCGCCGAUGAGCGGAUGCCGGGGUGUCGCGGCGAUCCAUGCGUUGGAGACAAACGGCCUCGCCUCGUCGUCGACGUGCUCCAGGAGAAACACCUACGAGACAAGCACACACACAUCACAGACAGCCGGGCGGCCUGGCUGCUUGUGCAUCUGACUUACAUGCAGCAGGUGCUCCUCGCCGACGAUAAAGUCCUUCCCCUGAGCCUCGGCUUCCUGCAGCAGACCCUCGUAUGGCCUCAGACAUUCGUAGUCCAUGUCUUGAUAGAUGCCGCCAUAAAUCCACAACACCAGCAAGCGGCCAACGUCCGCGAGAGUGAUGCCCCGCAGCUCAUCCCAAACGGCUGAGAAGCCGGGGAAGUGCUCAUCCAACAGUGCUUGCAGCGACGCGUGCGUGUAGACGUAGUGCUCCAUUGUGGGGUUGUGGUCAUGACACGACUGCAUCCAGCCCUUGAACAUGGUUGGCAGCUCCCGCUCCUUCCAUGUCUGGUGGAUAAUGCGAGGGAAGACCGGCUCCUCUCUCCGCCUCGCGCUGCCACAUGCUGUUGUCCUGGAGGCAAUUACCUCCUCUCUUCGGGUCAGCCUCUCUGCUCGCCAGGAAACACUCACGCCGCCAGCGCCGACGAAAACAGCAGCCGUUGACGAUUCCGGUGACGCCGCUUCAGGCUGGACCAGAUGUGCAGGCGGGGCAGAUCCGGCGGAAGAGUGGAACAAGGCAAAGAGAAUCACUGAGAUGGCCGAUGUGAUGACGCAGCCCAGCCAAAAGCGGGAGGGAACUGGCGGCAGCGAGAGAGGUGACUUGACUCCCAUCUUGGGCUUAGGAGAGCCCAUUGCGUUCGUUGAA